CGGCCUGAGGAGCGCGUUCUUUUCCUGCUCUGGAGCGCAAGCGGCACGCCUCUUUCCAAAACUUUUGCGCCACCUUGCCCCAAACCGAUCCGUUCCAGUCUGUCGCCAUGGCGCAGCUGCAGUUUAAAGAUUCCUUCUGGUGCAAAGAAAUCACCGUUCACACUGGAUAUGAGGUCCUUCUGCAGCGAUUACUCGACGGGAGGAAGAUGAGCAAAGACGUGGAGGACUUAAUCAAGCAGAGGGCGCAGGCGGAAGAACGGUACGGGAAGGAGCUGGUGCAGAUAGCGCGGAAGGCGGGAGGCCAAACGGAAAUCAACACUCUGAAGGCCUCCUUUGAGAUCCUAAAGCAACAAAUUGAAAGUGUUGGAAACUCUCACAUCCAGCUGGCUGCGACGCUGAGAGACGAGCUGAAAGGCCUGGAAGAGUUCAGAGAGAGGCAGAAGGAGCAACGGAAAAAGUACGAAAGUACCAUGGAGAGAAGCCACAAAAACAAGAUUUCGCUGUACAAGAAAACCAUGGAGUCCAAGAAGGCGUACGAGCAGAGGUGCAGAGAGGCGGACGAGGCCGAGCUGGCCUUCGAACGGAUCAGCGCCGUGGGCAACCAGAAGCAAGCGGAGAAGAGCCAGACCAAAGUGAAGCAAUGCAAAGAAGCGGCCAACGAAGCAGAGAGAGUGUACAAGCAGAACAUAGAACUGCUGGACGCGGCCAGGAUUUCCUGGGAGCAAGAUCACAUCAGCACGUGUGAGGCUUUCCAGCUCCAGGAAUGCGACCGGAUCACCAUUUUGCGGAAUUCCUUGUGGGUUCACUGCAACCAGCUUUCGAUGCAGUGUGUGAAGGAUGACGAGAUUUAUGAAGAGGUCCGACUGAGCCUGGAGAAUUGUGACGUGGACACCGAUAUGAAUGGCUUCAUUCAGAGCAAGACGACGGGGACGGAGCCGCCGGUCGCGAUCGGAUAUGAGAACUAUUACGACAGAGUAACCCCAACCAGAAACUGCAGCAGCCCGGUCCCGACCUGCGGAAUGAUGAAGAGAUUUUCCGGCUUGCUCCACGGAAACAGCCGUAAUGCCACGGACAACGUUAUUCCUACAGCUCCCCCCGCAGACAAAGUGGACGGCAUCUACGCAGCGAUCCCCGUGGGCCAGGAAGACGCAGUCGCUCUGCCCCAGGAGUAUAGAGUCCUUUACGAUUACACAGGCCAGAACGAAGACGAACUGGAUAUCCGAGCAGAUGACGUAGUCCUCAUCACUGAAAUGGGCGACGACGGCUGGUGGACGGCGGAACAGAACGGGCGGCAAGGGUUCGUGCCGGGCUCCUACCUGGAGAAAGUUUGAGCGCUCCUUUACACUUUUGGUGACUGUGCCCUGGUAUUCUUACCGUUAGCAGAGACAACUGCCAAGGUCCCAGAUUUGUACAGCUACAGAGUCAAGUACCUGGCGCGUGGACCUACAUGGUCUAAAAAUUCAGGCCAAUUUCUCUGAUCCACCGUUGUGUCUCUGCACACCGGCAAGAAUCUUUGGACCGCAAAGACAUUCUCUAACCUCCCCGAGAAGGCCGUCUUUAAGAGAGCUGUCUUUGGCCACCAAGAACCACGACGGGGAGCGACGUUGAAGCACACAUUCCAAUUCCCAGCUGUUCGGAGCAGAAUUCUUUUAGGGAACGAAAUACGCUUCACUCGGGUCACCACGGGAUACGGCUCGUUCUUCUGGGGCUCAGCGGCUGGGAAUCU